AUGUCAAAAGUAAAUAAAAAUUUGAAAAGAAAAAAUGAAGAAAAAAAUUCCAAUGUAAAAAAAAUAAAACAAAACGAGGAACGAAAAAAAAAAUUAACAAAAGAUCAAGAAAGAAUAAUUGAUAUCAUUGUUAAAAAAAGAAAACCAAUAUUCAUUACUGGGUCAGGCAGUUGUGGAAAGAGUUAUACAUUAAAUUAUUUGAUUGAUGUAUUGUAUAAAAAAAUUGGAAAGGAUAAGAUUGGUGUCACAUCUUCAACUGGAAUAUCUUCAUUGAACAUAAGGGAUGGUAUCACAUUAUAUAAAUAUACAUGUAUCGGAAUUAGAGAUAAACCAAUUGAGGAAUAUAUUAAAAAGAUAAAGAAAAAUCAAUAUUUAUAUGAAAGAUGGCUGAAGACUGAAAUAUUAAUAAUUGAUGAGAUAUUGAUGGUGGGUGAUAAAACUUUUGAUUUUAUUGAUGAACUUGGACGUAGGAUAUGUAAAAAUGACAAACCAUUUGGGGGAAUUCAACUUGUGGUAUCAGGUGAUUUUGCUCAAUUGAGACCCAUAAAAGAAAAAUAUGCGUUUUUGAGUAAAGUUUGGAAAGAGAUAGAAUUUGAAAAGGUUUUCUUGAAAAAAGUAUUUAGACAAAGUGAUGAAUAUUUUAUCAGUGGACUUGAUAAGAUGAGAUAUGGAAAAAUAGAUUCUGAAUUUCUUAGGUUUAUAAAAGAAUUAGAAAGAGAGAUUAAAUAUGAAGAUGAUGGUGAACCAACAAGGCUUUUUUCAACCAACGAAGAAACUUAUAGAUGUAACAUGAUUAAAUUAAUAUCAGAUAUAUGGAGUCGAAUAUUACCUGGUAAAUUAAUAAAAGAAGGAUCGAUACCUGAUAGUAUGAUAGAUGGAGCGAUAGAAAGGAUUUUAAAAGAAGGUGUUUCUGGUUUAUUGGAAUAUAAGGCAAAAGAUUGGUCCGUUGGCAUGAUAGGAGAAGAAGGAAAUGAUGACAGGAUUAACAAAAAUAAAUUAUCACAUAAACAGUUAAUUAAUUGGUUUGAGAAAAGUUUAUUAUCAGAAGAGAUCUUAUAUUUAAAAAUAGGAGCAGAAGUAUUGUAUAUUUGGAAUGAUAAGGAAGAUAGAAGAAUAGUAAAUGGUUUAAGAGGUAGAGUAGUUGCGUUCAAAGAUGUGACGAAUAAAAAUGUUUAUAGAAAAAAUCUUUCUGAUGGAAUUUAUUCAGAUUUCUUGAGACCCAUAGUAAAGUUUGUAGGUAUUGAAGAGGAGAUGGAAAUUAAGAAAGAAACAUUCCAAAAAAGAAAUGCGGAUAGAGCAUUGAUGGUGACACGUACUCAAUUUCCAUUAAAGUUAGGUUAUGCGAUGACUAUACAUAAAUCUCAAGGUUUAUCGAUUGAUAGAUUAGAAAUAGAUUGCAAAAAGAUAUUUCAAAGUGAACAGUUAUAUGUAGCAUUAUUAAGAGCAAAAGAAACCAAAAAUUUAUGUGUAUUAAAUUUUGAUGUUAACAAAUUAAGAGCGAAUGUAAAUGUUAUUGAUUUCAUGAAAAAGGAAUUCGGAGAUGUGAUUUAA